AUGGAGAUAGUCCCAUGGAGUCGAAAGACAGCAUUGGUUUGUCCAUUACCUGGAGCAGUUUCGGAAUUUCCGAUUCCACCAUUACCAUCACCUGAAUCAAGAGAGACGAGUACUAGAGAUGAAGCUCAAGAGAUUGAGAGUUUAGAUGGACAAGAGAUUGAGAGUUUAGAUGGACCUGUACUUGAGUAUCACUACGUCAUGGAGGAAGCAAAACAUAUUUAUGUGAAUGCUCGAUAUCGUCUAAAGAAGAAAUUUGAUGCUGGAUCUCAUGGGGAAAUAUGGAGAGCAACAAAACGUGAGGCAAGUGGAGUGGAAGAACAUUAUGUGCUCAAGAGAUUAUUUCUAGAGUUGGGAGAAAAUAUGGUACAAAUGGGGCUACGAGAAGCACAUUUUGGUGCACUCUUGAGUCUUGAGCAUCAUGUGACAAGGUUUGUCGAGUAUUUCUUCCGACCAGCAAAAGUAAUGGAACACAAGGAAGAUCACGUGAAGAAGCCGCACACGACAACACCUGAACUCUGGCUUGUCUUUUAUGAUGAAGGCAAGUCAUUGCGACAAUAUUUGUACGAGAAGCUAGAGGUUGGAAAUGGACAUGCUGAUAACGGCGCUGGAAUCAUUUUGCAACCGUCACGUUUUUGGGAAAAACUUCGCACCGAUGCCCGAGGUGAAAACGUACUGAGAGAGAUCAUGCGCCAGUUGCUACAAGGUGUCACAGCCUUGCAUGCGCGUGGUAUUACACAUCGUGACAUUAAACCAUCAAAUAUCUUGGUAUCAAUUCCCCCUGUCACGUCGACUUCCGUAGUGCAACCAAUGCCGCUCGUCAAAUUGGCAGACUUUGGCUCGGCGGUUGACGAUUACACGCUACAGAAUUUGUAUACUGUGAAUGGUGGUGACGAAGCUUCCACGGCGUCUUCGGGGCCGUCGCAAGCUGAAGAAACACGUGAGUAUCAGCCUCCAGAGGUGCUGUUUAGCGACAAUGGCCAGCCAUACGAUUACACAGCUCCCGAGGCAUACGAUCUAUGGUCUGUAGGCGUCGUCUUUUUGGAGAUGGUUUUAGGCUCUCCGCAAGUGUUUCUCAUCUCACCUCGUGAAAGGGCCAAGUUGGAUCUGAUGCUUGAUGCUCAGCGUCGUAACUACCGACAUAAGCAAGGAAGACACGGCAGCGAGGAGGAUCCUGAAUCGGGAUGGCGUACGAAAGCUUACUUGCUUCACGUACUUACACAAGAGUUCUGUAUCUUUCAGCCAGCAGCUCGACAGCUACGCUCAUUGUGGGACAAAUACGCCCUUGUGAGUGAGAGCUGCCAUUUUGGACGGUUCAACCAGACUGUUGUCGAGCGUGAUCCGCUCAAGCGUGGACUGGAGGACUCAUGGGGACUAGAUCUCAUGUGGAGACUACUUCAAUGGAAUCCGUCAGAACGAAUAUCGGCUGAAGAGGCUUUACAACAUGCGUACUUUCAAGGAGCUUACGUAUGCAACGAGUCUGCUCGUCCAUUUGCAACGCACGGGGAGCUAUUGCUACACGAACGCUAUCUUGAGGUCCAACGUGCGCGAGAAAGCGUUUUCGCGUCCAUGGUUCGUGCAAAGUAUGAGCUUCCAGACCGCUUUACUUGCCCAUAUUGUCGGCGCACGUUUUCCACGGCUCAGAGUUGCAAACAGCAUGCUCAUGCACGUCGACACAAUACUCGCUCAAGCUUUUGUGAGUUUGACGCCCCUCAUAUUUCCGCCGCGAUUCGGACGGAGUCGGAACCUUUGCAUGUUCAUCCACUACCAGAGCAACCGGCAAUAGGUAUUGCAUUGUUUCAAGGUCGAAAGAAGUACAUGGAGGAUUUUGUACUGGUGCUCUCGGAGCAGCAGCUGCAGCAAAGGUGGAGCACCCAAGAUGGUACUAACGCAUUGGGGUUCGAUCUGUACGCAGUGGUGGAUGGUCAUUUAGGUUCCAGAGCAGCCAGAUUUGUUGUGGAUAAUCUGCCUCGUGUAUUGUGUCAUCACUAUGCUGCCACUCUAAAGACAAAGGAUGAUGUAACGCAAGUAGAUGCAAACGCAUUUGGUGAAGCAGCAAAGAUAUCUACUGAGCUUGAGCUUGCCGAAAAGUUUGCACUGCGUCAGACCUUUCUCGAACUGCAUGAAAGCUUUCUCGAGUCUCUUGAUAAGCAUCCAAGCGAGGAAGACCUGGAAAUGACUUCUGACAAUAACUUUGCUAAUGGCUCUGCAGUAAUUGGUGAGUAUUUCUCAGGGUGCACGCUCACAGUUGUGCUGCAUUUCCGUCGGCAGCAGCGGGUUGUUAGUGCAAAUGUCGGUGACUCACGCGCGCUAGCAUGGCUACCUAGUACGUCUACCAAGCAAGCUGACGAGGUCAAUGGUACAGCCGGUAUUGUUUUGCUGAGUAAAGAUCAUUGGCCGAAUGAUCCGGACGAACGCUCCCGAAUUGAGUCUAGCGGAGGCUUUGUAAAAUUUUCUGGUCUGUGGAGAGUAGUGGGACAGCUUGCAGUCUCUCGCAGUUUGGGUGAUCGCCAUUUACGCAAGUACGUGACAGCUGAACCAUCCGUCUUUCAUGCACAACUUGAUGAGGGAUCUUUCGGUGGGCUUCUUGUGAUAGCCAGCGAUGGACUGUGGGAAACUAUGAGUAAUGGUGACGUCGUGCGUUUCCUUGAGGAACAACAAGCAAAAAAAGCUGAAGAAGAACCGCACAACAAAAACAAACACGAUGACUGUGCAUCAUUGAAUGGUCUUGCGACGAAAUUACUCACGGAGGGCUACGUGCGUGGUAGUCUUGACAACAUGGCCGCUGUACUUGUUGCGUUGCCGUAG